CGUCAAGAUGGCGGACGGUUCUGUGGAGGCGAAAGUCAUAGAGACGGUAAAAUUUAGCUGUUUACCUUCGUAUCCGAACGCCAUAUCGUGGUCGCUUGAUGAUAGAGUGUCUGUUAUUACCGAUCAAUGCGUUUAUAUAUUGACACUCACUUUAUCUCCCACGAGAUUUGGUGUGGACCCCAAAAAGACAAGUAUUCCUGGUUUUAAAAAAAACACAGAAUAUGAUGUGGGUAUUGAUAAGAAACAACUCAGCAAUGUGGAAUCAAUAGACUGGCGUUUGGAUCCCAAAGUUAAUCAGUCACUCCUUGCUUGUAGCUGCAAUGGCUUUCUCAAGGUUGCAUGGUCACCACUAAACUGUGAUGAAAAUGGCAGAUGCAUCAUAGCAGCACUCUACUCAGAAGAUCAACUUUGUAUUUACUUAUCUCCCUUGCUUGGUACCAAAUGGAAAGAAGUUAUUGAUUUAUCUCAAGAAUUUUCAAGUUAUCUUGCAAAGAACAAUUUUGAAUUGGGUCAAGAUGUGAUGAAGAAAACAGAUUGGGGGAAAGUUUCCAGGUCCUUUACAAAGAAAAAUGGGUCAAACAGGAACCAAUAUUCUGUCUUCAAACAACGUAUUGAAAUCCUGGCCUUUACUUGUUUGCACUGGUUUUCUCAUCUUUAUCUGAGCAGAGAUGUUUCCUCAAAUAACACAGAAGAGAUAAUUAAAGAUGAAAAGUUUGCAGUUCUGGCUGUAGGUAACCAAAGUGGUGCUGUGAUAUUUUGGAAAGUGAUGGUACCUGUUAAAGUUGACAAGGCAAUAGUUCAACUGGGUGGAAUCCUAAACACUGGACAGUCAUGGCCGAGUUCCUUGUCAUGGAAAGAAACGAACCCAAACCAAGGGUUGUUGGCUGUUGGGAGUACAAAUGGUCUCAUUAAGAUUUUCAUUCUCAAGCUGUUGCCAUCCAUCAGUGGAGUUGCAGAGUAUGUGUUGUGGGGAGACAAGGAUGACAUGCAAGUCCUGUGCUUGGAGUGGGUACAUUCACAACUGACACACGAUGAACUUCAUUAUCUGGUGGCAUGUAAAGGUUCAUCAGCUAUUCUAUUUUCAGUUGCUGCAAAGAACGAUGCACUGAUACAAAAGCCAAGCUAUAAAAUAAUACAGGGCAUUCACAGAAUGCCAAUCACGGGGCUAGCGUGUACACAAAAUGGCACUAUCCUCACCUGCAGUCUGGAUGGAUCAGUUCAGACCACCUCAGUUGAUGGUGCAGUGGCGAGUGCUGUGAGCUGUGUUGCAAAGAAAGGAUUCACGUGCUCUGGUGUGGGAGUGUCCGCUAAUGGUGUCUUCAUUGCGUUAUUUCUUUCUCCUUCAAAUCACACACAGCAAUAUCUGGAAUCUCACCCGAUUCAUAUUCGCUUCGUAAACAUUGCGUGGGGAUCAUCUUCAGUGGAGCGUCUAAUGACCAGUGAAGAAGUUCAACUGGAUAGAAAGUGGGAUGUGUGUAAAGCUCUGCAACACCUCAUGUACUAUAGCAAAAAACUACCAAAACCACUUCAAGUAGUUAGUACUGAGGCUGUGGAGGGCUCUUCGUUUGCUGUGUUGGUUAUCAUGCAAUACACGCUGGCUGUCAUGAGAGUGAUAUCACAGCAACAGGAGGAUGAUUUGUCUGGCAAUCAAGAGGAGCAGCUGAAGUGGACAGCUCAGCUUGAAUGGAUUAGAGACUACAUCUACAAACGCUUGGUUUCUGCCACACUAAAGAGUUGGUUAGAAGGAAAGAAAGCAGGAACUGUCAGUCAUUUAGACUCGGUUGCAGCACUUGUAAUGUGCGACUGGUUGGUAACCAAAGGUAUUGACUCUGCUGUUACUGAUGCAGUUACUCAGGUGUACGAAGCUUUCAAUGAUACAGGGGGUUUGAAGAAGAUCUCAUCAGAUACUGUGAAAAGCCAGGCAAAUGGCAAAGAAAGCACUUCUGAUUUACUGCGUCAAACUGAAAUAUCCAUGGAGAAACAGUCUGUUAUCUUACAAAGUAACGCGGAGGCUGUAAAGUCUCUAGUAAAGGACAUAUAUGAACCCUCAGCUGGAGUCAUAGACGAGUCUUUCACCUUGCUCUCAAGAGAGCAAUGUCCAUUAUGUCAAACUGCUAUUGCUGUUGAGAGCUUGGAGUAUGGAACAUGCCUAAGUGGGCACCGGUGGCCGCGUUGCUGUGUGUCCUUUGUCAUUUGUGCGGACUUAGCACUCAGACGUUGCCAAGAUUGCAAUCGCUGUGUUUCAACCCCGAGUCCUCGAUCAUCUCCCUGGUUACGAAGCCUUUUACAGUUGACGAAGUGUCCUUUUUGUUCAGGCUUCUUUCAUUAAUUUUUUUCCUUGAGUCAAUACACACCUUUGUGUGAAAAGGACAGAGUUUCAUGCAUGAAAUACAGUGGAGUUACAACUACAAAAGGCCUGUAGUAGCCAUUUACGGACGCUUGAAAAACUGGUAUCCUCUCUGACCGCUUUUACAAGGGUAUGCGCGCUAACCUCGUUAUCAGGAGAUGAAACAAAUUACUGAAAUAAAAUAAUAAAA